AUAGAAAAUAUAAAAUUACAAAAAACUAUUCAUUUAUAGUAGAUUUUAAUAAAUCGUUUAUGGUGCUUAAAAUCUCAACCCUAAUUGUUUGAAAAAAUAUUUAAAUUGUGUUAAAGACUCUUAUGAAAUUCGGUACAUGAAAACACCAAAAUUAAAAAUCAAUUUUUAAAUUGCAACAAAACAAUAACUUUUUUUCCAAGAUAUUAAUAGAUCUCCAACACUCUUCAAAUAGAUGUGAAUAUCUCUAACAAUCAUAUAUAUUCCACGAACAUUCUGUUGUAACCCUAAUAAGGAGAAUGGAUUUAACCAAAACAAAACAAAAGAAGAAGGCGGCUCAUGAGGAGCAGCUUCCAUGGGAGUUGCUUGAAGAGAUACUCUCUCGUGUCCCUCUAAAAUCUCUUGUCCGCUUGAGAGUUGUUUGCAAACGGUGGAACGUUAUCUUGGAUGACAAGAGGUUCAUCAACAACCACAAGGAAACGUUUCGCUUCAUCCUAAAAACCAAAUCCAAGAUUUACUCGGUAAGCAUCGAUCCCAAGAUAGUGGUGCGUGAGUUGCCAUGUGAUAUUCCCGAUUUAGAAUGUCAAAUACCUACAACAUUGGUUGAUUGCGACGAGUUCUUGAUAUGUAACAUGGAUGAUGGAGCCGCAGUUUGGAACCCGUGGUUGAAACAAAGUACAUGGAUUCGCCAGCCUAGGUUUAGCUUAGAAGGCAUAUGUUAUAAUGGUAGUAAUAGGACAAGUGAUCAGGUAAGUCUUUACAAGACCAUUUGGGCCAAUUGUACCGAGUGGAGAAUCCAUGACUUUGCGUUCGGUACGUGGAAACGCUCCAAUUUUAACUCCGGUGAUAGUAAUCAGAGAGAGAAAGGACGUAGAAAAAAUUUACAUUCUGAUAUGAGUGUAUCAUUGAACGGCUCUUUGUUUUGGAUUGCUUAUGUUGACGAGACAGAUCCCUUGUACCUUUUAGGUAGAUUCAAUUUUUCAAAGGAAAGAUUCUACACAUUUUGUUAUCUACGAUGUGGUAUGAGCCAUUCUCGCGAUGCGCUUGUCCUUAGGGUCUUUAAGGGAGAUCGGUUUUCGGUUUUGAAGCAAUGUUAUGUAACAAAGAAGGUUGAGAUUUGGGUGACCAAGAACAAGGUUAACGUUGAGGAUGGUAGUGAUGUGGUUUGGGUGAGUUUCAUGACUUUUUCAAUCCCUCACUUUCCGAGUUUAGUACAGGCUGAACCCUACUCUGAUCAGCAGCCAAGUUACUACAUCGACGAUAAAAGGCUUGUCAUGUGUUCUUGCGAUGAAAAUGGCCAGGCUUGGAUUUAUGUUUUGGGGGAAAACAAGUUGAUCAGCAAGGUUCACUUAGAUUCUGUGGUUGAUCCCUGGCCUUCUCAUUGCACUUACUUUCCCAGCUUGGUCCCGGUUCCUCGAGAAAAAGAUGAAGCAGAAUUACAAGUUUAAUUUUUUUAACGUGUUUUCCUGUUUCUUUUUUUUUUUGUUGCAACUAGAGAUUUUGCUCAUUUUCCUUUGGGUUUUGCUUCUCUUUUGUUUUGAGAAAUAAAUUCUUAUAGGUCUUCUUAGAUGAAGCUAGUUCAAGCAUUUGAUGCGGAUCAGUUUUAUUGAUCUAGUAGUUCUGGCUUCGGUCCGGAAGUAUAUUUGUUGGCUUUCACUUUGUGCAUGGUCUAGUAAUAUAAUUCAAAAUUAGUAGUACUUUACUUGAUGAUUAGGCUCCCUUGAUAAAUAUGCCACAUUUGAUAACCAAAUUAACACAGUCAAUAUUUUCAUAACUGAUAAUUCCAUAAUGGAGCAAGUUUUUAAGUUUUUGAGGUUUAUACAGGUUGACUAGAAAAUAGAGCAACAAGAAUGUGAGUUUAGAUUUUAUUACAUUUUGACUUCUUGAUCCGCAGUAACUUUGAUUUUUUUAGUUACAAGUCACAGCAUGCACGCAUAUUUUAUCAGACAGCAUACUCUUAUGUAAGAAUUUUCUUCUGAAACAAACUACCCAGCUAGGUAUAUGAAUAAUCAAACUGUACUUUAAAUUCAUAUAUCAACUUUCAGUAAAAUUUUGUGUAAAACAAGAAAAGAAGUCGGAUCAUGCUUCACUAAAC